AUGUACACCCACACCCUCCUCGCCUCCAAACUCGUCCUCUUCACCUCCGCCCUCACCAUCCCCGCCUUCACGAUCCCCGCCCUGAACCUCCCCUCCCUGAUCUCCAUCCCGGCGCUCACCGUCCCGGGACUCACCAUCCGGGCCCCCUCACCAUCACCGCCGGUCCAGCGCCGCGCCACCUACGACGUCAUCUGCCGCGCCGACGUCUUCCAAAACCCCGAGGAGGACAUCCCUCAGGUCGCCUGCAUGGCGGACGCCAAGUGCCAGGGCGGCGACAUGGCCGAGCCCGUCAUGGACGCGCAGGACGCGCUUAUGUAUCAGACGCAGUGCUUCGGCUGUCCGACGACGGAGCUGGCGGGCUCGAUGGUGAAUGGGUGCUCGUAUGAGAGCAUGUUGGAGGCGGAGUGA